UUUGACAAUUGAAUGAAUUACACAAACGAGGCUUAUUCAUAUCUCCGUAGCGACGUACGAAUUAUCAUGUGACCAACAGUGAACGCAACAUGCGAAAAGUUUUGAUAUGAAAAUGGUGAUAAUUUGAAAAAAAAUGUAAAAUCUGGAUAUAUGUUAACUUUUACAGAUUUGUGACUUAGGGUAUCGUGUAAAUAUACUUCAAAAUGUCUACAACAACACUGCCAAAAAUAUCACCAAUAAGUACGCCAGUUCCAACAAAAUGUCCUCGGACUUUAUCAGCAUCGCUAUCUUCCAAUUCAUAUGGACCUUAUCCUCCGAGAGAACUUUCAACCUCUAUGGAACUUGUUCGCAUACCACAGAGGAUUAACCCAUUGUCACCUCCUCCUCCAAAGAAAAGAAUAAACAUGGCUUGGGAAACAGUGGAUCAACACUGGCACAAUGAGGCACGCAGGAUUAUGAUGCAACAGAGAGAGCAUCAGAGAUAUCACUCAGCGUGGUCAAAGCCUUUUUAUGGCCAACCUGCAGAAAAGGAACAAUAUAGGAAGCAUUUUAGAGAAACACUGAAACAGCAAAUGCAAGAUAAAGACUUUCAAAAAAAUAAAUUUAACAGAGAGAAAACACAGGAGAGUGCUAUGUCUAUAGCCUACGAUAACAAGUGUAGAAAAGAAGACGUAGACAAAUAUAUCAACAAACACUUGUAUUUACAACAAUACAGAAAUCAAAAUAAAACGUUUAUGGAAGAUCAUUGGGAAACGAGAAAGCAAAACAAAUUCUUAGAAGACAGGAUAGACAGAGAGAAACUACGCUACAAUCCUAUCAAUUGGAGUUGUUCUCUAAAAUAAUUUCUCAUAACUUUCUGUGAUUGUUCUGUUAUGAUACGUGACACGUACGACUCAAAUUGCCAAUACAGACCCAUUCUCUAUCUUACAUCUCCCUUCCGUUUAAGAAUAUUUGUCCCCGUAUAAUUUACAUGUACACACUAACAUUGUAGGUUCUGCAUAAUUUAUACAUUAAUAUGAUAACAUACGACAAAAAUAUAUUCAGCAUUGAAUGGGAAUGCAACGCAUCAGUUUGUACAAAAAUAAGUUAAGACUUGGGACUAGUCAAUAUAUUAUGUCCCAGGUUAGGACUUAUAUUUUCUCUUAUUUUUUGUUUGUUAAAUUUUGUAAUAAUGGUAGAAAAUAUCAAGGUUCUUACUGAUCACUUUUAUUUUCGUACUUUUCCAAAUACUUUUAUUGAUGAGAUGGUGCUGUCAAAACUGUUCUUAUAUUAAUUAUUGAUAACGUAGCUGAAUUGUCAAUUUAGAUCAUCGUAGGAUAUGGGCAAAUAUUAUUAAUGAAAUUUGUAUUAUAGAUGAUUAGCAAAAUACAGUACUUCAUAAUGGUGCAAAAGAGAAAGGUUUAAAAAAGUGUGAUAUGCCCUCAUUGUUUUUGAUACAUAGAUAUAAAACAAAUGCAUGUUAUCCUUUUUUGGAAUAGUUUGAAUAACAGUGCAUGUUACUCUCUUGGAAGAGUUUGAGUAAAAGUGCAUGUUACUCUCUCAGAAUACUCUAGUAUUAUAUUUUUCUAAAUUCUUUCUGACUCAUCUUUUUUAUUGUUUUACAGGCUAAAUACAACCAAACAUAUUCAGUUUCUAUUAUAAUACGUAUACAAUGUAACGUGGAACUGAGGACUCUUGAUGUAUAAACUUGGUCUAUAUGUAAACGUAUGUUCACAUUAUCCACGGUUUAUUAGUGGAGUUUGUUUUGUUUGCUCAAUAAAUAUGUGUUUGUGAAAAUAUUUUUUUAUCAAUCAUAUUAUAUAUUUUUGAUUAUUAUUUAGCAAAGGCAAUAAUAAUCAUAGUACCCUAUUUGAAAACAGUAUUAUUCCUUCUUCUCUGCAAUAUAAUUGUUAGAAAUACAUUUGUAAUCCAUUUUAUUUAUUUUCUUAUGAAUGUUUCAUUUAAUUGUAUAGGUUUCACUAGAUAUUAUAUAGAGAAUUGAGAAAAGUGGCAAUUUCAGUGACUUUUCAUAAUUUUUUUGUGAGUGUCGUACUUUGUGUUUAAGUUUUGUAAAGCAUACAGUUUGAGCUUUUUAAAGAAUGAUUGUAUUUUUUCUAAGCAUAUUUUUUUCACCAAGAACUCUUACAGAUUUUGUGUAAAACACAAUCAUACAAUUUAAGAUUAAAUUAUAGUUGGAUUUCUAACUAGACUUGAGAGUAUAGUUGUUAAUGAUAACUUUUUAUUUCCAAUAUGUUUGAAGCAGUUUCAAUUUUUGAACAUGUUGAAAAGGCUAUAGGAAACGCGUGUAAAAGCUACUAAAAAUAUUAUAGCUUAUAUGUCACGAAGAAUCAAAGUACCUUCUAUAUUAGCGGUUUCAUUUUUACUUGUUGCUUUAAGGGCAUACAGGCAAAAAGAAACUGCUUUGACAAAAUAAUGCCUAAAAUAAUCGUUCUUGCCUUAAAUACGACCUCAACAAAAUUGUGCAGUCGUUUCUUUUCAUUAGCUAAAUACUACCAGUUGGUAAAGCAAAUAAAACUAAAAUAGGAUUACCAUUUGAUUGAGAUUGUGAUAGUCUUUUUGUUGGCCAAUUGUUUUAGCAUAGAUUUUUGUUAAUGAUGUCAAAUUUUAUUACAUCAAACUUUUAAUAUCUGUGAUAUAUUUUAUUGACAAAAUAAACCUUUAAAUACA